AGAAAAACGCGCGCGCUGGCGUGUUUGUUUGUUACAGAAUAACCUCUUCGUGCAAAAUUUUCAUCUUCUACAAGCUAAUUAAAAAAUUUCUAUUGAAUAUCGGCAGUGUAUUGUGACAUAUAAAAAUGGAGAUAUUAAACGACACCAAAGACAACUUCGAUCAAUCUAUUCGGUUGUUGGGUUCGCAAAGCCUUCAGAAAUCUUUUCUGAGGUUUAACAAUGAUAUCACUAUCAGGGAAAUGAUGGAAGACAGCACAGCAACUGGAAUGAUUUUGAAGGCGAAUGAACCGUGGCGAGAAGCCAAAAUCAAGCUCUAUUAUGAUUUUUUACAAAGUAUGCAGGCACACUUCUCUGAAGCGCAGGUCUUCGAUACCAUUGCGGAUUUUAUACAGAAUUGUACUGAUACAUUAGAUAUAAUAAGAGGUAUGCAGUCUAAAAUUGAGAAUACCGAAAUAACAGAGGAGGAAACAUCAUUAGAAAGUGAGAGAAACACCUGGAGAUUGAUAUAUUGUCUCUACCAGAAUCGUAUAACCAGUGCUGGUCUGUCUGCUCGAAUGGAACAUUGCGAACAUGUAAACAGUAAUUAUAUUUCCGAGAAAGACGUUGUAGAACAUUUCUACCAAUCCGAGAGCUACAUCAGAGAAUAUCAGUUGAUUAUUGACUGGUUGGAGAAAAAUGCCUUGGAUCAAGCAGAUAGAUAUCCUUCCAUAGAACUUUUCACCGAUAAGACAAUAGCUUGGGAAAAUACGGUUCAUCUGUUGCACAAUCCAAAUUUAAGAAUCACGUUUGAGUCAUCCAGACCAGUGGUAUCAUCCCUUGAUCCUGACGCGCCUAUACGGGAAGGUAAACCGUUGCAUGAUCUGGACAGAGAGGAUGACGCCAGACUUGAGAAGAGAAUGUUCAUAGAAGUGCGCUGUGGACGUCUUCAAAAAGCACAAGCAUUAGCUAUGCACUGUGGCCAACCUUGGAGAGCUGCGUGUUUGUUAGGGUGGAUUCCUAAUCACGAUCCCAAUUAUAACGUUCCAGUGACGGACAUAAAAUUACCUAUUGAGGGGAAUCCUAAUAGGAGUAUUUGGAAAUUGUGUGCCUGGGAUAUGUCUCAGGAUAAGCGUGUAGGUGUAUUCUAUCGUGCCAUAUACGCGAGCCUGUGCGGCAAUGUUCAACUACUGCUGCAGAUAGCUUCAUCUUGGCAAGACGCGUUAUGGGCGUAUGUGAAGACUCUCCUGGACAUCAAAGUCGAGUCGGAAAUGAGAGCAACGAUGGCGAGAAUUUACACGAGCAUGCCGGAGGAAUACUGGAAGAACGAGAUCGCGUUGGAAGAUGUAUUUAAGGAAUUGCACGCAUCGAAGAAUCCCGUGAUACGCGCGCAAUCUAACAAACCCGAUCAUCUGAUUCAAAAAUACCUAAUACUGGAUCAAACAUCCAAGUUGAUGGAAGAGAUCGAAAGUAUGAUAGAUAUCGGCCUCUGCGACUCGCAGUUUCUCCGAUUUCUGGCGCACCUGAUAUUGUUCUUCCGACAGAUCGGAAGAAGUACGAAGGACAAAAUCGAGAACAAAGUAUUAUUGGCGUACGUGCGUGUUCUCAUCGAGAUGGGCGAUCCGACUCUAAUUGCAUUUUACACAGCGACAUUGCCGCAAGAGGAUCAGAUAACCAACUACGCCUCUUACUUGGAGCGCGUCAAGGAGCACGAAGAGCGCAAGAAAUGUCUACGCGCGGCGGAGGACGCGAACUUGAAUGUGGAAGCGAUCACGAAAUUAGUAGUGGAGAACUUACGUAAAAAAAACUUGGAAUCUGACCCGACGGACCUGAAGGGAACCGUCACUGACAUCGACAUGGAAAAGAUCAACGCGCUGGACUGGCUGAUCUUCUACCAAAAUCAACGGGAGGAAGCUCUGUGGCAGACGAACGCGCUCAUCAGGUACUUCCUGACCAAAGAGAAGAUCGACGCGGCACGGAAAGCGUUUAACAAGAUCCCGUCAGAUUCAAUCGAAUCAGUCGUAGCGGAAUAUCCGAGCAUGGAGUGCACACUCAUGAAUGCCACAAUGACGAAUAAUUUGUCGAGAAAAGCGGCCUCCUCCAUAAGAGAGUACCUCUGUUACAAAACGUACCUCGACGCGCAGGAGGGCUUCGGGGAGUGGUUUUCGCAUUACCAUCAUGGCAAACCCAUGCCCUUGGAGGAAUUACCGGUAUAUGCCACGUUCACGGAGAAGGUCGCGUACGACCACAGAAAGACACAGUAUAACAUGGAGCUGGAAAGAUGGAAGUGUACGAUGCAACAUCACACGAAGGCUGUGAAACAAUUGUUAUUUAACGUCCUGUUAUUCCCCGACGGCGGCUGGCUCGUGGACUCGAAGGGCAGCAACGACGAGCCGUGCACGUCCGAGGACGAGCUCAGGGACCAUCAGUUGGAGAAGCUGCGCGAACUUUGUAUUCCUAAGAUUACGCUUUUGCUACAUUCCGUUAUGUCCGAGAUGAAUGAACACGCCAAUUGCAUUCAGCUGGCCGACAUACUCGCGUCCGAGCAACAUCAACUGUAUAAAAUGUUUUCCAAGGGCAGAUUACGCGAAGUGUUCAAGAAGAUCUGCGAGUCUUCCCUCGUCUUGAUGGACCAAAAGAAAGAUCCCUGGGGAUAUCCGAAGUGAAAUACGAAUUUCUAAUCUAUGUUAUGUAAAUUCAUGCGCCUACGACUGACACGAGCGUCGUUCGUAUCAUCAGACGUUCUCUGCCGCUUCCGCUCGUCAUAACAAAUGUAUACAGGUGGUUUUUUUUUAUUACCUCUCCUUGUCUUUUUUCUUUCUUUUUUUUUAUAAAACCAGUUUAUUGUCAACCACAAGAAGUGAAUAUAAAAUUUGAUACAAUGUUCAAUAAUUCACAUAAUCAUAAUAUAUAAUAUACUUCGUGAUUAUUUAGAUGCUCCUUUUACCCAAUCGUUAAUAAAUGUAGCGCUAUCGAAGCCAUUAAGAUUAACGUGUGGGGGAUGUGUGUGACGAAACCCAUAGCCGAUAAAAACGAGCAGAACAUCCUGAGAUACAUUUCGCAGCGACACUUAGAAACUUCGAAUGACAGUUGUGACAGACACACCAACAUCGUCUUCUAAUCUCGUAUUCUCGCCGGGUCGUGAGACCGAUAUCAUCGAGUUUAUAUAUCGGGAUUCGUGCACAACGACGAGAGAAUCGACGAGCACCGAAUGAUAUUAUCACGAAACGAAAAGCGAUGCCACGAUUCUCGUGUCUGAAUUUAAACGAAUAUCGUAUAUCAAUACGCUAGAAGAGAGUCGUAGUGUGAUAUGGUUCUCAUUGUACGCUCUCUAAUGUCUCUAAUGUCAAAGUGGAUAAUGUUUCCCGUCGACGAGAGCAGUCUUCUUUCUUUUUUCGCAAAUUCUCCUCUCCCCCUGAAUUCAAUAAUAGCGUGACCUCUUUCUCCUCUUUUUUUUUUUUUCUUUCCGUUCUCCCCUUCCCUUUUCCUCCUUUUUCCUUUGAAACUCCGACAUGUGCGUCUCUUUUUUUUUUAAUUAACGCUACGAGUUUCAACUUAUUAGAGACACUUACACAUAUGCUACGCAUAGACUAUAUAAGAAAAUUAACAUAUUCGACCAAGAGAGAGAGUACGGAC